UUCCAAACUCUCCUUCUUUAAAAACGUUACUUGGACAAUUUUUGUUCACAAUAAAAUAGAUCGACUAAGAUUAAAACAUAGAUACCAUAUAGAAGAAGCAGACUAUGAUGACAGAGACUUGCAGAUUACUGUGUAUUGUGGUUUAUGUCUUAACUCUGCAGCUCAUUAGUGGCUCAACGGCAGCAUCAACACCUCCACCUCAAGUAGGCAACUCUUCAACUUCUUGUAAUACAACCUGUGGAAGAGUCUCUAUACCGUUCCCGUUCGGGAUUGGCCGUAAGGAAUGCUAUCUCAACAGCUGGUUCGAGGUUGUCUGCAAGACCAUCAACACUUCCGGAUCGUCUGUCACAACCGUUCCAUUUCUGUCUAGGCUCAACAGGGAGGUGGUGAACAUCUCUUUUCCAAUGAAUCAGAAGAUCUCUGAUGGUCGAUACGGAGUGGUCCACAUCAAAGGUCCAGUGACUUCCUUGGGUUGUACUAGUCAAGUAUCCGGAAACUCAUCCCAGGUUCUGAACGUCACAGGCAGAGAAAGUCCAUAUUUCAUCACAGACGAUAACCGGCUCGUGGCGGUUGGCCGCGGUACCAAGGCGUCACUGACAGAUAUCGAGUCAGAGAUCAUAGGUUGUGAAUCCAGCUACUAAGACAGUAAACGUAAUCAACAAAUAACAAACUCGAUCUGUAAUGGUUACAAAUGUUGCCAGGCGAGAAUACCGUUGGAGGGUCCUCAGGUUAUUGGUUUCAGCAUGGAGAACUCUAAUGGUACAUCAGGAGAAGGUUGCAGAGUUGCGUUUUUGAGUAACAGCAUGUAUUCGCCAGCGAAUGUUAGGGAGCCAGAACAGUUUCAUUCUGAUGGAUAUGCGGUUGUACAGCUAGGAUGGUUCUCCGUAUUUGAUGCUUCGGAUUCUCGCUCUAGUAACUUCUGGGGUUGUUUUAAGUCUACCACAGCUCAAUCUUACAUGACGAAUACUAGCUGCUUUUGCUAUAAUGGUGAUUUCUCUGGGAUGAGUUAUACCAACUGCUAUUGCGCUAGCGGAUACAUAGGGAACCCAUACAUUCAAUCUGGCUGCACAGACGACGAUGCAUGCAAAAGUCCUGACAUCUGCGGAGAAGGAGAGACUUGUGAAAACGCGCCUGGACUCGGGUACAGGUGCAAUCCUAAGCCCAAGAUAAUCAAGCCAGACAAAACCCCUGUGCUUCAAGGCAUUCUUAUAGGUCUGUUGGGAUUACUGUUUAUUGUCGGGACAUUCGGGUUGUACAAGCUUGUCAAGAAGAGAAGGAAGAUCAUCCGUAACAAGAAGUUCUUCAAACGUAAUUGAGGUUUACUGUUGAACCAACAAUUAACUACAAAGGACGGUAAUGUAGAGAUGUCAAAAAUCUUCAGCUCGAAGGAGUUGAAAAAAGCCACUGAUAACUUCAGCGAGAACAGGGUGCUUGGACAAGGCGGCCAAGGAACUGUGUAUAAGGGAAUGCUUGUUGAUGGGAGAAUUGUUGCAGUUAAAAGAUCCAAAGUUGUGGAUGAAGAUAGGCUUGAGGAGUUCAUCAACGAGGUCGUCCUUCUCUCACAGAUUAACCACAGGAACAUCGUGAAACUCUUGGGAUGUUGUCUUGAGACGGAAGUACCAGUCUUGGUUUACGAAUAUAUUCCCAAUGGAGAUCUAUUCAAGCGCUUACAUGACGAGUCAGAUGAUUACAUAAUGACUUGGGAAGUGCGUCUUCGCAUAGCUAUAGAGAUGGCGGGUGCACUUUCAUACAUGCACUCAGCUGCAUCUUUUCCAAUAUACCACAGAGAUAUCAAGACUACCAAUAUACUGUUAGAUGAGAAAUACGGAGCCAAAGUAUCUGAUUUCGGAACCUCGAGAUCGGUAACCGUUGAUCAAACUCACUUGACAACAUUAGUUGCAGGCACUUUUGGGUAUAUGGAUCCAGAGUACUUCCUUUCAAGCCAAUACACUGACAAGAGUGAUGUAUACAGCUUCGGGGUUGUAUUAGUGGAGCUCAUUACCGGAGAGAAACCAUUGUACCGUGCCGGGUCUGAAGAAGGAAUAGGCUUGGCGGCUCAUUUCAUCGAGGUCAUGAAACGAAACAGAGUGGUUGACAUCAUUGAUGAUCGAAUCAAAGACGAAAGCAAGUUGGACCAAGUGGUGGCAGUUGCAAAAAUCGCUCGAAGUUGUCUAAGCAGGAAGGGGAGCAAGCGGCCAAACAUGAAGGAAGUUUCAAUCGAGCUAGAGAAGAUUCGUUCAUCAUCUUAUGAUUCAGAGAUUCAUAUUGAGGACGAGGAUGAGGAAAAGGAUGAUCAAGCCAUGUCGUUCAACACUGAUGAGACUAGGGAUGUUGGUAUGACUGCUCCAGCCAUGUUUAAUAAUGCAUCCCCCACGUCUGAUGUUGACCCAUUGGUUCCUAUACGAACAUGGUAGUGAUGGGAGGGGCAUGACUACACUACCUAUGUUAUCUUUCUUUCUUUUUGUGGUAACAUGUUAAGUACAUAUUUCGAUUAUGAAACUCUAGUAUUUCAUCAUUCAAAAAUAAUUUACACGAAUUUCACUA